AUGUCUGACCACGAGGAGAAUGUUUCCGACACCGGGUACGACACCCCAGUCCCGGAGCUCGACGACCACCGCAACCGGCAGCCAACUGUCCACCGCAAUAGCCGGCCCCGACGGGGCACCUUUGAUUCGCUCUAUGGAAGCCAGAUGGACCAACAACUCCAGUCUGGUACCCGCGUCCGCGACUUCGAGGAGGCUGUGGUGGAUGACGACAUUGCCGAGGACGACCACGAGAAGCGCUCCGCGUCGCCUCCCAACUCGGUCAAGGCCUUUGCCGAGGCACGCCGUCGUGAGCGUGACGUAUCCUUCACUGGAAACAGACCUGAGAGAGAGGGCGAGCAUGAGAGCACAGCUGCCCACGGUGGCAUCAACCGCACCAGUUCGAUUGCCAGUCGUCGCAGUCGCCGCAGCCUUCGGAGCCGCCCUCACACGAUCCUUGUGGAUGAUGAUGCUGCCAGCCUCUCCUCCAACAACUCAGCUGAAGAAGAUGUGUGCUUCCCUGUCUCUGAUGGGCAUCACGAUGAUAACCUGCAUAUCGACUUUGACUAUCUCGAGACGUUCAUGCGGAUCGAGAGAGAAGAGCGUGAAAUCGCCGAGGAAGAGCGCCGUGCCAAGGAGCGCAUAUUUCCUGAUCUCCGUCCCCAGGUGACCAACGAGACCGUCGCGCAGUCGCCCAUGGUCACUGCGGAAGGCGACUUCAUCGGUGCGCCGUCGGAUUUCUCCGGUGUUCAGGAUGAGAAGGCGACCGGAAAGCUGGCGCUCGCCAACGAGGACAAGGAGAAGGAGAAGCUGAAAAGCGACGCCGCCAGCACCCAUCGCACCCACGCUGGUCAUCCAGUUGAUCCCAACCGCUACAGCUUCUUCUCGUCGGCUUGGGAGUCGACGAUCCAUUCGGCCGACUUUUCUGGCCUUGUCCUUCCGGACGAAGAUGUCCGCGGUCUGUUCUCGUUCCCCAAGGGCGAGACGGACGGUGUCUGGUGGCUGAACCUGAACAGCCCCACUGAAGAAGAAGCCCGCGCCAUCUGCCGCGCGUUUGGUGUCCAUCCGCUGACGGUGGAAGACAUCACCCAACAGGAGACGCGCGAAAAAAUUGAGCUUUUCCCCUCCUACUAUUUUGCCUGCUUCCGGUCCUUCAAUGUCGUUGUGGAGGAGGACGGCGAGAUCGAAUACGAACCGUUCCACACGUACGUGAUCGUGUUCCGCGAAGGCACCCUGAGUUUCAGCUUCGCACCAAACUCGCACGCCUCCAAGGUCAGAACGCGCAUUUCUCUCCUUAAGGACUAUGUCGCACUGAGCAGCGACUGGAUCUGCUACGCUCUCAUCGACGACAUUGUGGAUUCUUUCGCUCCCGUCAUCCACAACACAGAGCUGCAAACUGAGAAUCUUGAGGACGAAGUUUUCGUUGCACGGUCCGACGACAUGCACCGCUUUCUCCGCAAGAUUGGCAACACACGGAAGAACGUCAUGGGCCUCAUGCGUCUCCUAGGCGGCAAGGCCGACGUGCUCCGUGGUUUCACGAAGCGGUGCAACGAGAACUACAAGGUGACUCCCCGCAUGGACAUUGGCCUGUACUUGGGUGACAUUCAGGAUCACGUUGUGACCAUGAUGAACAACCUGGGCCACUGCGAGAAGAUGCUGUCGCGCACGCACAGCAAUUACCUCGCCCAGCUCUCCAUCGACAGCAUCUCGCAAGGCACAAACACGAACCGUGUGCUCAGCAAGAUCACCUUCAUUGCGUCCAUCAUUGUUCCCCUAAACGUCAUCACGGGUCUCUUUGGUAUGAACGUCAAGGUUCCUUUCAUCGUCUCGGAUUAUGACGACCUUGGCGCUUUCUUUACCAUUGUGGGUGUUAUGAUUACCUUUUGUAUUCUCGCCCUCAUUGUUGCCAGACGGAUGCGGUACAUCUAA